UUCACUCCCUCGCGCCACCAUCGACAGGAGGCUGUCACAGAGUACCGGCGAUUUACAACGCUCAACAUGGCAGAACAGGAACCGACACCGGAGCAGCUGGAAGCGCUGGCAGCAGCCAACGCAGAGUCUGAGAACAGAGUCAACUACAAAGCUCCUGCUCAGAAGAGCUUACAGGAGAUCCAGCAGCAGGACCAGGACGACGAAAGCCUGCGCAAGUACAAGGAGGCGCUGCUGGGCAAAUGUGCUGCCGUCGCAGAUCCCAAAGUCCCAAACGUUCAGGUGACUCGAAUGACUCUGCUGUGCGAUACGGCUCCGCAGCCAUUGGUCCUUGACCUGCAGGGAGACUUGGACAACUUGAAGAAGAACCCGUUUGUGCUGAAGGAGGGAAUCGAAUACAGAAUAAAGAUCAACUUCAAGGUCAACAAGGAUAUCGUGUCGGGCCUGAAGUACACCCAGCAAACAUUCAGGAAAGGAAUCAAACUUGACAAGUCUGACUACAUGGUCGGCAGCUACGGGCCCAGAGCGAGCGAGGAGUACGAGUUCCUCACCACCGUGGAGGAGUCGCCCAAAGGGCUGCUGGCCCGCGGCACCUACAACAUCAAGUCCAAGUUCACCGAUGACGACGAGCACGACCACCUCUCCUGGGAAUGGUUCCUCGCCAUCAAGAAGGAUUGGACAAAUUGAUUCCCCCUCAGCGACGCCCUUUGUCCCUCCUUUCUUCUUCUCGCUGUCGUUCCGUUAUUCCCGUCUGGAGUUUGUAUUGAUUUUCAGCUUCUGCUCUCUCCGUCCAUCGACGACUCUGUUUCUAAAUUCCAAUCACUUCAUCAUUCCUCCCUUCGUAGCGCUUCUUGUUAAGUAUCAAAUCUUUAAAAAUGGAGAAAGCAACAAUGUGCACAGUACAGAUUUUGCUGUUAUGGUUUGUUUAUAAAAGAAAAAAUGGAAAGAAAAAAAUUUUUUGGAAAAAAUGUAUACACUUAGUGAUUCACUCGGCCCUUUAACCUUCUGUUCUUCUCUUUGGUUCUUUAUUGUUCAGACUGUUUUGUACUCUUACCGUGAUCUGCCUUAGAAAGCAGCCGCGCUGUAUGAACGUAUCCACUGUACGCUCACUUGGCAGCCAUUGCUGGACACGGCUCUUAAACGCAGCCCCCCUCACGCCUUUCAGCACAUUAUUUGCACCAGGCUCUUGGUCAGAAACCAGGCCGCCUCUAUUUAGCACCCUACACAGCCUGCUGGUAAACUAAAUGUCCUGUGACCCCUCGUGACCCCUCGCUGUAGGUCAGCAGGGUAUUCAGCAGCCAUGUGGCCUUAAAUAAAACCUUUAGAGAUAGACGCCCUAAUUGAGCCGUUUGCCUUCAGAUUAUAUUUGCCAGACCAUCAUGUGAGCGUUUUUUAACAAUACUUGUAAAACAUGGACCUUUAUCACCGUUUUAUAUCAGGUUUGAGGAUUUGUAAAAGCCAUCAGGGUGUCCUUUACAAACAUCUAGUAUUUGUAGCGUUCUAAAUCUCAGUUUAAUUAACUGUAAAUAUCCUGCUCGUUAAAGUCCGGGUUGUGCCGAUAGCCUUCUGUCACCCAGGUUCCUCCCUCGACCCCGAGGCCGUGUUUCCAUCAGAUCGGAGUCAACCCGCUCACCUCGUGUUACUCGAGUUAUAAAUGAGCCACGCUGACUGUGCCUCCAGUCUCUCUCAACCACACGCUGCUCCUGCUGACUCAGCGGCACUUUGAUCAUCAGUGAUGUGCAAUGUCGUCUGAACCAGAAACAUCGGUCCCUAACCAGACCUCCAAGUGUUCUGUUUUUAUAUUCACUCCAGACGUAUGGGAAAGAAUCUGCUUGUCAGACUGAUGUUCUGGGUGUGUUGGGUUUGACUGAACGUGUGCCACUUGUAUCACCUACAGUUUACUGAUCGCCUGUGUUCACAUUAAAGUGUUCAGACUCGG